GAGUCGAAUAGGUAGACCAAACUACCAACCAAAGAUUCGAAGAAAUGUGCAACGAGGGAAAACAUAUGAGAGAGAAAUAACAAAGAAUCAGGUUAUCAAAACAGUUGUAGUUUUGUGUCAUAAGUUUUUAGUGCUUUUUGUUAAUAUUCGUUCGUUGAUUUUGACUAAAGUUAUUUCAUAAUUUACGUUACUUUAUUAAUUUUGACAUCAGUAUUAUUUUCCUGCAAAGUUAAAUGUUUAUUUCUUAGUGAGCUAAAAAAUGUUAACGGUGUUAUUGUGAAACUGAAUAUUUCGUAAUUGCAUAUAUGGGACUUCUUUUCAGCACGGUUCGUAGGUGACAAUUAGCAAAAUGACGGUGGAGAAGAGCAAAGGUUUUGAGAAGAAAGUGCAGCCAGCGACGCGGAAGGUCGCACCGGACGGUGGCUGGGCGUGGAUGGUGUGUCUGGGAGUGAGCUUAGUUAAUUUUUCCACGCGUUCACUCGAGCCAUCGUUCGGUUUGCUAUUCAAGGAUCUGUUAGACGAUCUCGGGGUCCACACGACGGGGGCGGCGGUGAUCGCCAGUACACUCGACUCAGUCGUGAACUUCUCCGGUUUCUUCGUGGGCCCCGUCAUCAAAACCUUCUCAUACAGAAAGGUGUGCUUCGUCGGCUCGACGAUAUGCGCCCUUGGUCUCCUCUUCACCGCGCCGGCGAACAGUAUGGCGCAUAUAUUAGCUACAUACAGUAUACUUGGCGGGUUCGGAGUAGGUUUAGCAUCAUCGUCUUCCUUCGUAUCCUUAAAUCAUUAUUUCUCGAAAAAGCGCGGCCAGGCGGUUGGUUUAUCUAUGGCGGGUACUGGCUUCGGUCUGAUGGUUAUGCCGCAACUGGUGAAACUGCUGCUCGGUGAAUACGGGUUCAGAUGGACGGUGGUUAUAUUGGGAGCGCUGGCGUUCCACGCAGUAUUGGGAUCGACUCUAUUACAACCAGUGGAACAGCAUCUUAAGGAGGAACCGGUGGAUUGUGAACUGCAACCAGUGAAGGAAAUGGAGUGUAUCCACGAAAGCGACGAAGAAGAGGAAGACAAAUUUGAAAUCAAUCCGCUGGUUAGUCACCCGAUGCCGAAACUGACCACGCAACGGUCCCAUUGCAAUAUGAACCACCCGUCAGUUCGAACCGUGGGCUUGCCGCGAGCGAAGACGUGUGACAAGCCUCUGCAAGAGUUCGAGAGGUCCAAGCAGAACCACGGACUAACAACGGCUGCGUCUUUGGCGGCCAUGCCGAUGGUCAAGUCCAGCGGUAGUAUUAGCGAAGCGGCCAGGAAGAGGAAAGUGUCUGUGAUAUCUAACAUAUCCAAUAUGGACUUUACGGGUAGCUACUUUCAGCUGUAUCUUGAUACAGCAGACGAAGACGCGCUUCAAAUGAAAGCUAUAAAGAAAAGUGAACCCGAAGAAAAGAAGAAGAGUUUUAUAAGAAAGUUCAUAGCUCUCAUGGAUUUAGAUUUACUAAAAGACUGGUCUUUUCUAAACCUUUUACUUGGACUCUCCUUGUUUUGGGCUGGGGAGUUGCAGUUUCGUAUGUUGACGCCUUUCUUUAUUAGGAGUUUAGGUUAUAAUAUGAAUGACACGGCUUUUUGCCUCUCUAUGACCGCCAUCACGGAUAUUGGAGUUAGAUUGGUGUUGCCCCCGAUAUUCGACAGAACCACGAUAUCGAAGAAGAUGAUAUUCUUUGUGUCUUCAUUCUUUUUGGCGGCUACACGAUCAGUGCUAGCCGAGCAAUCCGAAUGGGUGCCGCUAAUGAUCUGGCUGUCGAUAUGUGGGUUCUUCCGUGGCAUGUGCUUGAGCAACUUCACUCUAACGAUAUCCGAGUACUGCCCCCUUGAGAAGCUGCCAGCUGCGUUCGGUCUGCACAUGGUCAGCAAGGGCGUGCUCGUUGUGCUCAUUGGACCGCUUAUUGGUUACGUAAGAGAUUACACGAACAGUUUCUCAAUAUGCAUACACGUACAGAACUGUUUGAUAAUGUCGUGCGUACUCGUGUGGGGCGUCGAGUACGCGUACAAUCUAACGCGGCGGCGUAAAGUCGUACAAAUAUAGUACUUAUACGGUACGGUAUUAGGUGAAAUUUCGUAUGGCAAAUCUACGGAAAUAUUAUGUACGAAUUUGUUUUUAUAUUGUUGUAUGUACUUCAUGUUGUUUUGGAGGCAAUUUGUUUGUUGGCUAUGUACGUUAAGUAGCAAGUAAUUUUAUUUCUGCCUACUGUCAGGUUACAGCAGUACUUAGUUUGAUACUUAAUGGUUUGUUCGGUGAUUAUUUAAAAUUCAUUAACAAUACUGACUCUCGUCAAGAUGACAAGCGACGUAAAUGCUAGAUUUUAAAGAUUUUAUUUUGAUAUGACUGGGGAAUGGAAUAGUUUAGGUCUGACUAUUUAUUGUUUAAUUGAAGGUAUAUGCACAAAUAUUUUCCACACAUUUCUUAAGUAGGUCUCCAAUCUUUGCUAAAUAGACAUAUUUUAUAUUUAUGUAUAUGCCAAUGUUAAGGGUACAAAUUUAAAAGACAAGUAAUUUUUAUAUUCUAUACUGUCCUUACUCAUGAUAAAAUUAGUCUCUCUAAACUUUUUCUUAAUGACUUCUUAUUAUUUAUAUUUGUAUAAAAAUAAAAGUGAAAAGUCAAAUAUUUUGGUGGUAAUGGAAAAUGUUGUCCUAGUAUGUAUAGGCUCUGAAAAUUAUUAAAUCUCACCCCACUUUUAUCAAAAUAUUGAGCCUUCUUUUAGUAGUAAACGCAACUAAAUGUGUAAUAAUUUUGUGCUAAAUAUAUUCUUACUUUUAUAUCCUAUUUAUAUUUAGUAAUCUUGCGAAACAAAAAAUAAUCUUCGUACUUAUAUAGGGGUAGUAGAUUUUGGUAGACUUGAAAUACCAAGUUGUAGAAAUGUCGAGGGUCCCAGUGUGAACAAUGUCUACCAUUUUUAGAGUAUUUAAAAAAAAAUAAGCGAAACAAUGGAGUUUGUAUUUUAAACUAAACUUUCGUAGUAAUGUUCAAAUUAACAUAUAUAUGUUUAAAAAUUUUAGAAAACCUUUUAACCUUCGUAGUUCUUUUAAUGAUUGUAUUUUUAGAUGACUGUUUGUAGUUUGGAAAGGUUUAUCGAUCUAGCGUUUUAGAUGCAUCCUAUUUCAUUGACAUAGAGCAUAAUCUUGAACCGUAAAAAAACUUAUAGUAAAUGAAUAUUGCAUAGUAAUUAUAGCGCGAAAGCUGCGUCAAUGAUGUUUGCUGCCACAUUUUUUUAAAGAUUUGUCUAUACAUUUUUUUUACGAUACAUUUUUCUUCACGUCUGUUGGACGCGAAAGCUUGUUGGACUAUAAGUUUUUUUUUAUUGUUGAAAUGGUUAAAUAAAUUUGUGAUGACGGACGUUCGCUUAUGGUUUGUUCCAUUUUUAUACAUAUUUUUAAUCGAAUCAUUUUUGUAUGACUAUAUUUUUUAUUCUAAGACCAGUGCUUUUAUUAAAUGUUAUGACAUUACGUUAUGACGCUUUAAAACAGUUAUUUUUAGAUUGAUACUAUAUUCAAAGUGAGAUUGUUAUAAAGUUCUAUGUGUAUAAUCAAUUUAACAAAAUGUUUUAUAAUCGAUGUUUUAUGUUGUUUGUAUGAAUUUAUAUAUAUGACGCAUUAGGUAUGCGUUCUGUCUUCCCUGGCCGAACUAAUUUUGAUUGAUGCUUAGUAGACAUUGGUUUAAAAAUUCUGCAGUGUCUUCAAAGGCAGAAUUGGAUAAAAUUCGUUUCAAUCGAGCUCACUGCACAAAACAAGCGAUAGUAAAUUAAUUUAAACCUUAAUUUUUGUUGAAUUUGUUACUUUUGGUCAUGACGAGACUAUUAAUUUGCCCUAAGCAAAUUAAAAACUCAAUUAUUGAAAUGUAUGUGCCAAUGUUUAUAUUAUGUGAAAGGAACUGAAAUGAAAUUAGUAGUAAGGUAACGUUUUUAAACGUAUAAAUAGAAAUGAUUAAAUGUGGAAUGUGUGAAAAAAGUAUAUUAUAUAUUUUUAUAGCAUUAAUCAUAUUAUUUAAAUGCAUUGCAUUUGUCCUUUUCAAAUUGUAUCCCUGAAAGAGUGUAUGUAUGGACAUGUAAAAAACGAGAGUGUAUUUU